AUGGAACAACGUAGUUCUUGUUCUGUCAAGGCUCAUGAUAGUCAAGUUGUGCCCAGCCCACAUGACUCAGAAUCCGAAGAAUGCAAACGUCCGGAUACUGAGGAGCAGUGCGAAUUUGUUAGAUGUCAUCGAAUGGUGGCUGAAGACGAAGAGCCACUAUUUGGACCGCUGCGCCUUAAGGACGGUCUCUUCUGUUCCUUGCGUUCGAUCGCCGUCGGGAAGGAAUUCCUAAAAACUCAUAAAAUUUCCCACAUUGUAGCUAUUGAUGACGGCCCUCAACAGCCGUAUAACGACUUGCAAGGGGUUGUGGAGACGGAUGAGUCAACGCCGACGGUCCCACCCCGCCGUCUCAAAUUUCAGUGGGAACAGAAGGGCAGGUCGAUUGACCCGGCCAGUGUGAAGCAGAAGCUGAAGGACCUAGCAACAGCUGUUGCAUUCAUUGAUGAGGCGAUUGAACAAGGAGGCAGCUGCCUCUUGCACUCAUCCAAAGAGCUUGGCACAGCAGCGGCGGCUGCUACCGUGUACUUUGUUGUGAAGUAA